CUUCGUGCCGCGUCCAGCCGCGCCGGGCGCCCUCGGACCCGCGCCCUCGGCCGCAGGAUGGUCGUGCGCGUGUUCGUCGCGUCCUCCUCGGGCUCCGUGGCGAUAAAGAAGAAACAGCAGGAUGUGGUUAGAUUUCUGGAAGCCAACAAGAUAGAAUUUGAAGAGGUGGACAUCACCAUGUCUGAGGAGCAGAGGCAGUGGAUGUACAAAAACAUCCCUGCCGAGAAGAAGCCUGCUCAGGGGAACCCUCUUCCUCCACAGAUAUUCAACGGCGACCGCUACUGUGGAGAUUAUGACAGUUUUUUUGAAUCAAAGGAAAGCAACACAGUCUAUUCAUUCUUAGGCCUGAAAUCACGGUUGCCAUCAAAGGCGGAACCUUAGAGAAGAAAAGUGGAAAAUGAAGGAGAGGCGUUCUGGAUGGAACACCCCUGAAACACCACACACACCUGCUUCCUGUUCCAUCACUGUGACCAAAGCCACACGCAUCAGAAAAGGGUGUUUGGACAAAGUGGGUGUGAUGGGGACCGCAUGAUCGCUUUAAACCAAAUCAGGACUGGGCUGGGUUUUUCUUUUUUUCCCCCUUAUUUUUGGGUUUGCCUGCAGGUGCUUCUGUCACCUGGAGGUUCUGGGACCUGGUGCAGGUGUUCUUCCUUACUAGCAGAGAGAUCAGUGGGAAACAUCAUCAGAGACCAUGGCACAUCUGCCCUGAGUUGCCCUUGACACGGCUGUUGUUCCCGCCUGUUUCUCUUUGGGCUGUUUCUCCUUGCAGCCUUGGAGUUGGUGUAACAGACUGAAGCAAUGGAAAGAUAACAGAGAGGAAGGUGUGUGCUGCAGAGUGACAAUGUUGUUCCGCUGAUUUGCAGUAGCACCUGUGGAAACAGUUGGAAGUUCUAGCCUCCUCUUGGUAAUGGAAAUUCUUCCCUAGCCAAAUUCCCCAAGCUCCUACAGAUGUUUCCAGAAUCACUGUCAUGAACAGUGUAUGAUCAGAAAUGAAUCACAGAGAUGAAAAUAAUUGCUGUUUUGAAAAAUUUAUGCUUCUUUAUCUCUUCCGAGGGGAAAGCCUCACCUAAAUGCGUACGACUGCUCAAAAGAUAUAUUUUAAGAAGUGCACGAAUCAGGUAGUAAAUUUAUGGGGAAAUUAACUGAUAUUAUAAAAAGCAUUUUCAGCUCCAGCAACUUAUUUGUGUGUAAAAGCACAUAUAUUUUUUAAUGCAGCCCCCUUCCUGUAUAGCUGCUUACUCUAUUUUGUGAAGGGAUUAUAUUUUUUGAGAAAGGAAGAUCUUAAGAUAUAUUUUGUGAACUCUUGAUGAGGCCUAUUAAAAGACACUAAUUGUUCUGUACAACUUGAUUGGUUUCCUGUGUGACUUUUCAUUGGUCCUCUAAACUUUGCUAGCUCAUUUUUUUCUGGCCAACUCACAGUCUCCUAAUUUUCAAAAUAUUGUAAAUGUUCUCUUUCCAUAUAUGAGCACCGGUGAGUUCUCAGAGCAGCAUAUAAGGGAGAGGAGCUGUUGGAGAUUAACUCUGAAUUGUAUUUGCAUACAAAAUCUCAGUUCUGUUGGAGUAAAUGCCGAGGAAGGCUGAACAUGUGUAUUUCAUUAGGGUAUACGUUACUGUUAUGCAUCUCAAUCCCUGUUUAACAUUUUUCAGAAUUUUUAGUGGCUGACCCUGGGAACAGUCAUAGAUAGAGUCAGUGCUCAGUUGGGCUGCCUAAAAUAUUCUGAUAUCCUCAACAUCCCGGUAUUGGUCUUGCCAUUCAGAUUCUGUGCAGGAACUUUGUAAGAAGUUGAAACAACGGAAGAAUUAAAGCUUCAGAUGCGUUCUUCCACCUCCCACCUCUCUCAUCUCCUAGAUUGCUCAAUGUGAACUCUUCUAGAAAACUUGUUGAAUGCUAAAAAUGAACUCCCAGCCUGAGAUUUGCAGCCCCAGACUACAGCCAGAAGAAAAGAAUGAGACAGAUUUCUACUUGGCUGGAACAGAUAGGCAUGUAACCACAAUUUCUUCUCCAAGGAAACACUAUUGUGAAAUCAUAUUGUUGCAUUAUAAUAAGAUUCAGGUCAAAUUCCAUUUGCUAAAUCCCAGGGACUAUCCAGAAAAUAAAAAAGAGUUCAAACUGGAUUCUGUAUUGCAGUGUGUGAGUCUUUAGAUAAGAAUUGGAAUUUCUUCUCAAUAGAGAAGUUUUCAGGAGGAUAAUGAUAAGGUUUUCCAACUUAUAUUCCAUCUGCUCUUGCUCCCAGUCAGCACCCUGCACCAACUGGCUAAACGUGAGUUUAUAAGUUAAAGUUUAGAGUUCGAAAUCCAGGAGACUCUUGUAAGACAAACCAAGUUACCUAGAUUGGUAACUUGAUUGGUUGGUGUGAAAAACUGAUUCUUCUGAACAAACUAGAUAGUGUUAUUGAAUUACCACCACAGUUAAACAUCAUUUACCCCAUGCCCCCCCCCUUUUUUUUUUGAAAUCAGAAAAACAAAGGAGAGAUGCCCUGCUGGCUGGUACUGGACUUAUGCAAUGAACUGGAGGGGUGUGACCUCAUUUCCUAUAGCUCCUUGCUCUGCAGAGUGCUGAGAGGCUGCCUCUGCAGACACAUUUUGUGCGUGCCCAGGCCAUUGUGUCCUCACUCACCUUUUACCAGCUGAGUUCCGAGCCUGUGAAAGUUUUCUAGUUUCCUUCUUUAACUAGCUGCCUUUACGUUUUGAUAACCAGAGACUUAAAAGCCCAGGGAAGAAGUGGAUGGUGUUGCAGACAUAGGUGAAUAUCAAGGAUAUUUUAAGGCUGGAUUUGUAUUUCCAAUGGUAGGCUUGUUAGGGCAAAGGAAGUAUGCUACUAAUAAUAAAAUCAUGUCAUUUUAAAAUUAGAUAUGAUGCAGAGUGCUUGUCCUGCUUGGUUAUGGCGAUCAAGGGACAGUUUUGCUGGGAACCGACAUGAUUUUUGCAAACUCUGGGGUUCUUUUUAAAUUAAAGGGAAAAAUGAAGGAUUCUGUUCUCUCAGACUAAUUUCUAUUUGGAUUUUUUUAACAGAUUGAAUAAAAUACUCCUUCAUAGAUGUUUUAUUCUAUAAUAGUGAACUAAACUUAUUUUUUGUCUUCUAUUAUUGAAGGUACCAAAGCCUCUUUCUGUUUUAUCUAAUUUCGUUUCCUUAUUUGUUUGGUUUUUUUAUGGUGUAGGAUUUAUGCUUUUUCUAGAGACUUUUCUUAAAUGUUAAGGUCCAUUUUGAACUGCAUAAUUAUUGUUCGUUGAUUUAAGUUUGUAUACAUUUUUCUCUAAAAGCAUUGUUGAAGUUUGAAAUUUUAUAUUGAGCUUUAAAAGGGGAAUAAAUUCCAGAAAACUCAUUCUGAAAAUGGAGUGUUUAUUCCCUACUCUUUGGGUUCUGUUUGGUUGAAGCCUUCCACAGAUACAGACUCUCUGCUCCCACCCAGGAGCUCUGUACAUUAAAGCUGCAGAAGAAUUCUAAAAAUGCAGACCAUUUGCCCAUUCCAGGGAAUGCACACGUCAUUCUAGGUUUGUGGAUGCAUGUUGGAAGAUGGCCAAGGAAUCUUCUCAAACUGUGGCAUAGCCUGUGCUGGCAGUACACGCUUGCCCCAUGCAUGGUUCAGAGGGAUAACUGUGUGGAACCCACAGCUGGUGGAUUUGUUCUUCAGUUGGAUACAGAAAGCAAUGAAGUGUAGCCCCAACCUCUCUUAGCAAGGCCCCUUGGCUGCAUCACUCUGAGAGUAGAAGAAAAGUGCCUCUGAAGGCAUCAGUGUAUAAUCUCAUCACUCAGCUACUUCCGACAUUAAAACCCAAGGCGAGGGCUAGAGCAGUAACACAGCGGAGAAGGUACUUGCCUUGAAGGCACCUGACCUGGGUUCAAUCCGCUGUAUCCCAAAUGGUCUCCCAGUUACUGCCAGGACUAACCCCUGAGCAUCCCUGGGUAUGAUCAGAAAACAAACAAACAAAAGAUCCCAAGGCAAAACAGGUGAGAUAGUUCAGAUGUUUGCUUGGCAUGUGGAAGUCCUUGGUUUCGUGGUUCCCCAAGUAUCACAGGAAGCAAGCAAGCCCUCAGCAUUGCUAGAUGUAACCGCCAAACCUCAAGACACCAAGACCAGUUGGGGCUGCGGGGUGGCUACGGGGGGAGAUGGCUCUGUGUUUUCAGAACCUUGCUAAAUGGUGAAACCAAACCAAGAAAACAUCACCUGUUUGUUCCAGGCCUUUUUCAGUUCCCCUAGAGAUACAGACUGGGCGAGUUCCACCAUCCUGAGAAUCAGCUUGAGUUGAGUCCUAGAGUGUCACAUAAAAUGUUUUAGGGCAAUGUACCUGGGCAUAAUGACCAUAGUCCCCCCGCCCCCGAGUGGAAGGGAGACUGAGAUGCAAGAUUUACAGCUGAGUAGUGAUUUAAGUUCCUAGUGAUUGUUCGAGAUCAUCCUUGGUUCAGCACCUGAAACACCAGACAUGUUUUUCUUCAUUAUCACAGUUCCAGUUUUAGAAAAUUAUUUAAUAGAAUAUACAACUAUAUUUAAUGAAACAUAUAUGCAUAUAUUUAAUGGAAUAUAAAUGUGUGUGUAUAUAUAUAUGUAUAUGCAUACAGGCACUCUUAAAUGUGAAGAGCAGUAGUCACAUCCCUGGGUAUCUGCCACUAGCUUGCUCCUUUGAGGCUUGGUGUACUCACUCUCCUGUAUUUGACAGGGUCCCUCUACUAAGCCCUGGGCUGCUCAGAACUUUCUGACCUUUACCAUGUAAACUCUGUCCAAUUUCAAAUAUGUUCUUCUGUCACUUGUGUGUAUCUUUGUUGUGGUUGUGUGUUGUUGAUUGAAGUAAGAAUCUAUUUGAUUUUUUUGCUGUUAACUAUAACUUGAUUGUAUGAAUAAAUCCUUUUUUUUUCCUUUUCUGUUGCUGGAUAAUAAGUUACAUCUCUCCUUGAAAUAGAAACAGGAAAUGUUGCUAUAACCAAUAUAUUAAUACUGGUGCAUAAACACAAGAGGAUAUGUACAAUUUAAAUAGAAUCAUUGUGUUGUGUAAUAAAAAUCACAUAAUGAACUUUAAUAGUUAAGUCCAAGUUAUUUUCCAAAGUAAUGGCACCCACUAACACUGCUGAUACCAGUGCAUUAUAAUUUCUAGUAUUUUAUUCACCAACAUAAGAUUGUUAGACAUAAAUAUUUGCCAAGCUGAGCAGUUUUAUUGGUAUCUCAUUGUCAUUUCAUUUUGUGUAUAUUUGAUUACCAAUAACUUAAACAUGUUUUAUUAUAGGAGUUCCAUUUUUCUUGGAGAUCCUUCAUGCCUUUUACCUUUUUUUACUAUUGCAUUGGAUUUUUUUAAUGAUUUUUAAAAGUUCUUUAUACUUACCUUUUGUCAAUUAAUGCUUAUUCAACUAUUAAGAUGAAGAGAAACCAUAUUUAGAAUAGAAAUUCUUCUGAUGCUUACUUCCAGGAAUCUGAAAAGCAUGUGAAACUUCAUUCUAUUUGGAGAAAAUAAAGUGAAACACACAU